UAGUAAGUCAUGAUUACAAAAUUUUCAUCUUUUCUGUCAAUUGUGAGCUGUUAGCCAAAUUGUUCAGAAGCAUUUUUCGAUUUUGUCCAUUUAGUUUUGACUUUGUUUGAGUUCUUUGGAGAAGGUACCCGAAAACGAAACUUAAAAUUGCAAACCAAUUGAAAAAUCUAUCACAAAUUCACAACUGCACUACCCACCGAAGCAAAAUGUCCUCUAAUCCUGCCGACCACGGAGAAGGCGUACCAAGGCCGUUUCGGCGAUCAUCUCGACUGGCGCUGAAGCAACAGUUGAACGAACAGAUUCCGGAUGCUCAAGCGUUGAAGUCCCGAGGGUAUCUGUUAGGCCGCCGCAUCGCCAAGGGAACGUUCGCGACGGUAUUGCGAGCGAAAUUUUAUGACCCGAAAGCGGCGGGAGAUGGUUUGCCAUUGGGAUUGGAUAUGGCGUGCAAAAUAGUCGACGAGAGCAAAUCGAAGGACGAGGAUUUUGUGAAGAAGUUUUUGCCGCGAGAACUUCGCAUCUUGCAACGAAUCGAUCACCCCAACAUCAUCCAGGUUCACAGUAUCGUUCGGAGGAAAAGUCGGGUGUUCAUUUUUAUGCGUCUAGCCGAGCGAGGAGAUCUGCUUAGUUUUAUUCGGAAGAAUGGCGCACUUUCGGAAGACACGAGUCGUUUGUGGUUUUACCAAAUGGCGGAUGCGAUUCAAUAUCUACAUCAGCUGAACAUCGCACACAGGGAUCUUAAAUGUGAAAAUAUGCUGAUAUCGAACAACAUGAACAUCAAGUUGUCUGAUUUCGGUUUCUCCCGGACGUGCGUCGAUGAAACCGGUAUGGCAGCGAUGUCGAAGACGUUCUGCGGUUCUUCUGCAUACGCGGCACCAGAAAUCGUUAGCGGUAAGGAAUACAAUCCGAAAGCAGCCGAUCUGUGGUCGCUGGGAGUGGUACUCUUCAUCAUGCUGAAUGGGGUCAUGCCGUUUGAUGAGAAGAAUUUAAAAAAGUUGGUCAAAAGUCAGCUGGCGAAGCAGUUUGCGUUUUCUCCGGAAGUGGAAAAAGUCAUUUCGCUAGAUGCAAUACGGAUGGUGCGCAACCUGUUGGAACCCGAUCCGAUUACUCGGAUCAACAUUGAUGAAGUUAUGGGGGAACGGUGGGAGAGAAAUGUGGUUGUUGAAAAUAAAAAUUAGGUGCAAUAA